AUGACGAAGCCUCAGACAUGCAACUCUGCAUUUUCUAAGAAAACUUUAAUUCGUGGAGACUCCAACGGGGCGACAGAGACGUGGUGUUAUCCCGGGAAUACUCAUCAACUAAUUGUACAAACAGCUGUUAACUCACAACACGAGACUCCCCCACCUCAGCCCAAGAAGCAAGAAGCAAUCAACUUCAGUUGUAUAUUUGAUGAUUUGAAGAAAUAUCCAUAUCAUGGGAAGACUCGAAAAGUGUUUGUGGGGUAUUGCAUAUUAAUAAUGAAGACGCUAUAUAAUUUCUGUAAAGCAAAAGAAAAAACAAAUUCAACACAAUUCAAAACACUCGUCGAAAAACAUUUCAAUUUGCCUUAUCAAAAAGCAGUCGAAAGGUUGUCCAAUACACUCGACUUCUUUUAUUCCGCCGAGAACUUGGGAUGCACUAAACAAAUCGUCCAACAAACAAAACACAACAAAAUAAAGAGUGAUGGACAAUACGACAAACAGGUGAGAAUUAAAAACACAAAAGCGCUCUCGAAAAAGUCGACAAAAAGCGUGGAUGAGAAGUCUUUACAGACAAUGUUAUUUAGACUCGAACGUGCAAUUCGGUGCGAACGUUUUACUAGUGGACCACAUACAGAACGAAUCAUGUCACUACGCUCUAUGAUGGAUGAGAUGUGUGUUUAG